UUCUGAGACCAGAAUCAAAUGCACAGAUAUUGCUCUUUCACCAUUCACUCUCUUUUUUUCUGUCUUCAAAUGGAAUAUCAUUAAAAAAAAUUGCAUGCAAAAAUAUACUAACUGAAUAGGAAGAGAGUAGCAACUCUGCUAUCUCUUUCCAAAUUUCAAUAUUCAUGGCUCCAACUCUUACUUCAAAUUCAUUUCUCCUUACAACUACACCCCAUCCAAGAUUAUCAUUCAAGAAUUCAAGAUUCACUGUUUUUGCUAAGAAGUCUGGUUCUUUCCCAAAUUUUCGUCUUGGCAAAUCAGCUGAGUCUUCUAAUGAGGAAAAUCAAGAAACUACUACAAGCAAUUCUGGCAUUCCUUUCAGUUUUGAUUUUGGUAAGUUACCUGAUAUGAAGUCUUUGAUACCUGUUAGCACCAAUCCGUCUUCUGGUUUGGCUUUUGGAAGGCAAAGGGCAAAGGAUCCUGGAACAGUUUUUGUUGCUGGUGCUACUGGACAAGCUGGUGUCCGCAUUGCACAGACAUUGCUUCGUGAAGGUUUUAGUGUCAGAGCUGGAGUUUCUGACCUUGGUGCAGCCCAAGAGCUAGCUCAGUUAGCCGUUAGCUACAAGGUAAUCUCUAACGAAGAGUCGAAACGCCUGAAUGCUGUUGCAUCCACAUUUCAAGAUGCAGAAUCAAUUGCAAAAGCAAUAGGAAAUGCUAGCAAAGUUGUGGUAACUAUUGGUAAGGGAGAGGAUGGUCCUACAACUGAAGUCACCACAACAGAUGCCGUACAAGUAAUACAAGCGGCACAAUUAGCUGGUGUUGGACAUGUGGCCAUAGUCUAUGAUGAAUCUUCUUCAGUAGGCUCUACUUACAACGUGCUCGAUGGCAUUACAUCCUUCUUCAACAAUCUGUUUUCAAAAUCUCAGCCAUUGACGAUUACGGAGUUUCUGCAGAAGAUAGUGGAGACAGAUGUGAGAUAUACACUCAUAAAAACCAGCUUAACAGAGGAUUUCUCCCCUGAGAGCUCAUACAACAUCGUCGUGUCAGCUGAAGGGAGUGCUGGUGAAAACGCCUACAAAGUGGCUAAGUCUGAGAUAGCUAAGCUAGUGGUGGAUGUUUUCUCCAACACUGCAGUUGCAGAAAAUAAGGUUGUGGAAGUCUUUACUGAUCCAUUAGCAUCAAAAAAGACUGUGGAUGAACUUUUUAGCACGAUUCCUGAGGAUGGCCGGAGGAAGGCUUAUGCAGAAGCACUUGAAAAGUCGAAAGCUGAGGAAGAAGCUCGACAAGCUGCUGAAGCAUCCAAGAGGCAGGAAGAAGAGGUGAAAAAGCUCGAAAAGAAACAAGCAAAGGCUGCUAACAUUGCUAAAGAAGCUGAAGAGAAGGAUUCAUCAGCCGCAGGUCCGUCUGUUGAAAGUCUAUUGGAAAAAGCAAAAGGCUUAAGUACAGGAUUUUCAUUUGAAAAGUUCAGCUCACAAUUGAAAUCAGCUGUUGAAAAAGCCGGUGAGGAAUCAACGCAGGUUGCUACCAUUAGGGGACAGGCCAAGGCCAGAAAUUUGCCUGCUCAGAAAGCAGUGAUCAAAACUCCUCCUAGGAAACCAUUUGCUUCGAAAAAGAGCGAGGCGCCAAAACCAACUAAACAAACAGAGACUAAAACAGAGACGAGGAAGGUUUUUGGCGGGCUGUUUCAGCAAGAAACCAUCUAUGUUGAUGAUUAACGAUAUGUAUAAGAGACGGCUGAAUCUUAAUUUUCUUUGUUGUUUUAUUUUAGCCUAAUUAUGCCGGACGAGUACUGAGGUUAAAACAAUGGUUUAACUGAGGCUGAGUGAGAAGCAUGUAAAUCACUGCACAUUUCUGUGGAUCUUAGAUUUGUAUAUUUUGCAUGAAAUGUAAUAUUCAAGGCACUUGUUCAUUGUUUUUCGCUUGCAAAUAAUACUAGCUUGUUCAUUUC